UAGGGCCGAUCAUGAUUUGAAGCUCAAUAAAACUUUGUAGUAUUUUACGCAUAAGCAGAAGGCAAGUACAUCGUAUUGCUUCAGAAGACAUGGAUUAAACCACAUAGGCAUAUGGAUUACCUUUAUGCUUCCUUUAUGUGCUUUUUGGAGCUUGAAUGUUUGGAACACAUUGACCUGCAUUGUAUGGAUAUAAACACAUCAUGUCUCCAUUAAUAUAUCUUCAUUUGUGUUUUGCAGAAGAAAGAAAGUCAUACCAGCUUGAGACGACAUGAGUAAAUGAUGAGAUAAUUAGAAUUAUUCAUUUUAGAGGUCCAGCUGCCAUUAAAGGUGCUGUAAGCGAUUUUAGCGUUCUGAAGCUUUCACGUGACUGAGCCGUUGAAUUAGCCACACCCCCUCAUUCAAAAACCCCAUCCUCCAAAGAUAAUUUUGAGACCAAAACUGAGCAAAAGAGCAGCAUUGUUUUUGUCUGUGGCUGUCAAAUUCAACAGUGGCACAAUAGCGCCCUCAGUUGACAAACAUUAUGAAUCACAGCCUCAAUGAUCCACCUCAAAUACAACAUUGAGAAUGAGCAAAAUGAUUGACAGGUGAAAAGCGUCAACAUUAUUUGUUUGCUGUUUACAAAGUCUACAGCUGUCACAGAGACCGGUGAGAUAUCUCUGGACACUUAUUUCAUUAAUAUCUUUAAGGGAGUAGGAACUUUUUGCAUAAUUUUCCAUGAAAAAAAGAAUUGCUUACAGUACCUUUAAUGUGUCUACUAAAAUAGAUAAGCGUUUGGUUAACAUUGUUCACCUGUGCUUCCUGAACUUUAGGAUGGGUGUGUAGGAACUGUUCGAUUUCAGCAGGGUAGAUGUUCUCUCCUCCUCUGAUGAUUAGGUCCUUGAUACGUCCUUGUAUUUUGCAGUAUCCAUACUCAUCCAAACUGGCAAUGUCUCUGUAUAAAUCAUAUAAUAAUCUAGUUGAAUAAAUGAGGAUAGCUCUUAUUGCGACUGUCUGGCCAAAUCCUGAACAAUGUUAAUUUAAAAUAAGAGGGAAUAUCAUAUCCACUUACCCAGUCUUGUACCAGCGAUCUUCUGUGAUGCACUCACGGGUCUUUUUCUCAUCUUGCCAGUAUUUCAGCAUCACACAGUAGCCCCUAAUCAUCAGCUCCCCCUGAGUGCCGAGAGGCACAGUCAGCCCUGUUGUAGGGUCCACUACUUUGGCCUAAUGCACACAGGAAUGUACCACAUCCAUUCAGAGGGUUGGGAAAUGAAUUGAUAUCAAUUUGCAUGUAUACCAUCUUUAUUUUAAAGUGAGUGUUAAUUAACCUCAGUGUGUGGGGUUAUACAUCCAACAGUCUGUGUCUUACGCUCAGUGCUAUCAAUUGGAAAGCCGCAGAAUGACACGGGGCUGUUUUCGGUCGUCCCGUAUGCAAUCUGUUCCAAAAGACAAUUGUGACACAAUAAAAGAGAACCUUUUCAUCAUAUUAAUUCUUUCUAGGUUCAAGUUAAGCUCAAUCAAUGGCAUUUGUGGCAUAUUGUUGAAUUGAUUUGGACUUAUAUACAGUAUAGUAAUUUACAAUAGUCAACGUUUCAAAAGUAUAGCCACAAGACCUAAACAAUAUGGGUGUUAACAUGAUUUUGUUGUGAUAAAACGGCGUAUACCUUUUCCGUAUAAAGUGGUAUCCAAUUUUACAACUUUGUUAAAUGACAAUGUAAUGCUAUAAACCCUGUAAUCCUGCAAAAACGAUUAUUUAAACAAUUUUACAGCUCAAAUUACACACAGGUUUUAGCAGAAGAAUUAAUGCAAUUGCUUUUAUAAAAUUUAAAUCUUUACAGUUCUGCCUUUAAAACCUCCAAAUACUGGCUCCAUUCACUUCUAUUGUAAGUGCCUCACUGUAACCUCGAUUUUUGCUUUUUAUUUAAAAGGAGGGACGAGUCUAAAUAAUUUGUUGUGGUAAUCAACAGUAAGCCACAAACGCUGUCCAUUGAGCUUAACUUGUAGUGAACCCGGAAUAUUCCUUUAAUAGUGUCCAAAUUCACCAUUUUGAGCUCAACAAGUUCAUGCAAAACCUGAUGAUCCAUGUUAACCCAGCAUGAUUAGAGAAUGUUCCAAAGAGCAUCUUGAGUGCUUCAGUGGAAGCAAGGAAAUCUGACUGUUUGUACAAAGGAGUUAACAUGGUCAAUGCCAGGGCCGGCCCGUGACAUAGGCGACAUAGGCGGUUGCCUAGGGCGCAAAAUGACAGAGAGGCGGCGCAGGAGAGUUUUUUUUUUUUUUUGUCAGAAGUGUGCACUCUCGUGACGACUGUGUGCCCCUCUACCCAUAUAUUGAGCACUAGAACUACGUGAUUAUAUUAUAAUCGGAUCCUUAUCAUAUGUGGACAAAAUGAGUGAAAAAGAACCAGAUUAUCAGGUGCACAAGGCAGGAAGUGGUACAAAGAAGAGGAACAGAAAAAAAGAGCAAUAUAAAGCUCACCUCUAGCCCCCUCACUCUGCAAACUCUCACACUCCCUCUCUUCACUCUGAGGUUGUGUGGACCACUUUUGCUGUCCGUAUAUGUUCCUGUUGCAACAGGCUCCCAAAGUAAAGCAGAAAGAGAGCAAAACAGACAGACAGCAUAAAGCAGUGGACUGAUUAAGACAGUGUUAUCAUGCAGAGUUUCAGCAUCUUCCUGGUGGUGGUGUGUCUACAGGUUUGGGUCCCCUUUGGGUUUUCUGCACCAACUCAGUGUCCAAGCCAAUGCCAUUGCCAUGGGGACCUGCAGCAUGUUAUCUGUGACAACGUCGGUCUGAAGAAGAUCCCUCGCAUAUCUGAGGUCACUCGCCUUCUGAACCUCCAACGGAACAACCUGGGAAACCUCCCCACAGGGGGCUUCAGCGAGAUGAAGGGGCUCAUCUCUCUGCACCUUCAGCACUGUCAGAUCCGAGAGAUCUCCAGCCAGGCUUUUAAAGGGCUGAAGAAACUUAUCUACCUCUAUAUGUCUAGCAACGAGAUCAGCAUUAUCAAACCAGGUGCUUUUGAGGACCUAACCGAACUUACCUAUCUCUACUUGGAUGGCAACCACAUCUCAGGCCUUCCGAAAGGCAUCUUUUCUCCCAUGAUCAACCUGUUUACCUUGCAACUUGACAACAACAAGCUCCGUGAUCUGCAACCAGGUACUUUCACAGGUGCAAAAGAUCUCAGAUGUCUUUAUAUGAGUGGCAAUGAGCUGAGCUCCAUGCAGCCAGGGUCUCUUGACGAAGUGGAGAACCUGGCCAUUCUAACCCUGGACCGUAACAAGCUGUCCACCUACCCUCUACUGGCUAUGGGCAAGUUGCGUGUUAUAGAGGAGCUCAACCUAUCCAAGAACCCUCUCAGCUUCAUCCCCGACCAUGCAUUCCGGAGUUUUGGCCGCUACAUGGAGAAGCUCCAUCUAAAUGACAUGGGCCUAGAGAAGUUCUCCAGUGCUGCCUUAGAGGGAGUGACUGCUCUAAAAUCUUUGCACCUUGAGAACAACAAGCUGAAGUCCCUCCCGAAAAGCCUUGAGUUCACCACCCUCCAGAAUAUCACUCUGUUUAAUAACCCAUGGAGCUGCACCUGUCUGUUAUUAAACCUCAAAAAAUGGAUGGACACUAGCCGCCAUCGUCCUGAUGCAGUUUGUGCUUCCCCUGGCAGCCAGAAAGGAAAGCAAAUAAGAGACAGCACAGCUUUCACCCGCUGCAAGACAAAGAGGGAAAAAAAGAGAGCACGGCUUUGAAAUGGAGGACAGAUAGUAGCCUGUCCAGGCGAUAGGAAAUAAUGUGCAGGAAGAGAAAGUGAUGCAAACUGCUACAUUGGAACUGUCCAUUUCCUCUCUCACUCAGUUUUUGUGUGAUAUAUAUAUGCACAGACUCAUUUCACACAAAAUAACAUUAAAAGCGCCAAUGUGCUUUUCACAGACACUGACACUGACACACAUCCCGAAGAAGCAACUGUGUUCAAAUGCAAAUUGGGGGUGGGGUGGUGCUCAAACUUACAGUCUGGAAAUAAUUGAAUGUUUUUUAUUUUUAUUAAUUGGAUAUUUUAUUGCUCUCUUAAUCUUACACCAGUGUUAUACUCUCAGUAACUGCUCACCCUCAUGCCAUCUAAGAUGUGUAUGACUUUAUUUUGCUGAACACAAACAAAGAUUUUUAGAAGAAUAUCUCAACUCUGUAGGUCCAUACAAUGCAAGUGAAUGGUGACUAGAACUCCAAAAUGAAAAAAAAAAAAAAGGAGAUAAAGUCAGCAUAAACAUAAUCCAUCAGAUUGCAGGGGUUUAAUGAAUGUCUUCUGAAGUGAUCUAGUUGGUUUUGGGUGAGAACAGACCAAAAUGUACUCCAUUUUCACUGUACAUCUUGACAGCAGUCUCCUUGGUAAUGUGUAAUCGAGCUUGAAAUCAUUAUCGUGCCUAGAGACUACAAUGAUAUAAAGAGAAAAAGGAGUUACAAUUUGGUCUUUUCUCACCCAAAACUGAUCGGAUCGCUUCAGACGACAUCAUAUUAUAGUUAAAAAAAAAAAAAUUUAAAUAUUGAUCCGUUUCUCACCCACACCUCUCUUAUCACUUCUGAAGAUAUGGAUUAACCAAUGGAGUCUUAUGGAUUACUUUUAUGCUGACUUUAUCUGCUUUUUGGAGCUUUUAGAGUUAUAGUCAUCAUUCACAUGCAUUGUAUGGACUUACAGAGCUGAGAUAUUCUUCUAAAUAUCUUUGUGUUCUGCAGAAGAAAGAAAGUCAUACACAUCUGGGAUGGCAUGAGGGUGAGGAAAUGAUGACAGAAUUUAAAUUUUUGGGUGAACUAUCUCUUUAACAUUCAUGUUUCAGAAUUGUGGGUUCAUUUUAGCUUUAUAGGUUUUGCAACUCCCAACAAGGAAUUUCUGAGGCUUUGCAAACUUAUCAAACCUAACUUGGCCUUUUUAACUGACACAUAUUCAAGAUGUGAUUUGAGCUGACGUCUCCUUUACAUCUCUGACCAAAGUAAAAUGCAACAACAGCCAAGAAGCCAAGGACUUCCUUUCUUGAAGCCAUGAAAAAAGUAAAAGAGAAAAUGUAGACACUAUGUGAAAGGAACUGAUGGUGGUGAAAGAAGAUGAGGAUUUAAGGAAAGUGGAAAAAUGAGAAGGGAAUAAAACAUUUCUGACAAA